ACAGAUUCGAGUUCUAGUUGAAAAGGGGUUGACAACAAACAAAGCAAAGGAGGAUAAAAGCAGUCUCUCCCGUCCUCCUCGUCUCUCUCUCUCUCUCUCCGUUAUAUCCUCUUUCCUUUGAAUCUUCACCGACCCUGCAGUCUUCCCAGAACUGCAGUGAAGUAUGAAUACUAAUAGGAGUAAAGGUGGAAUUCAAAGACUGCUAGCUGCUGAACAAGAAGCUCAGCAAAUUGUCAAUGCUGCCAGAAGUGAAAAAAUGGCUAGACUAAAACAAGCCAAAGAAGAGGUUGAAAAGGAGGUAGCUGAAUACCGAUCCCAAAUGGAACUCGAGUUUCAAAGAAAAGUCACAGAGAGCAGCGGAGAUUCAGGUGCCAACGUCAAGCGCCUCAAACAAGAGACGGAUGAGAAGAUCCAUCACUUGAAAACCGAGGCUGGGAAAAUAUCUCGGGAUGUGUCUCACAUGCUUUUGAACCAUGUUACAACUGUUAAAGUCUAAGCUUCUUGAUGGUUUGUUACAUUAGUGUCAUUCUUUAUUUAGGAUAUGAUCGAAUAUGAUCGGAUGAUUAUUUUGCAUCGAAUGCUAUUGGUAUAUUAGUUUCUAUCGACAUUCUUGAAGCAUUUAUUUUGUGGAUUUUGCACUGGGCUUUGCCAAA